GAACGCCCCUUCGACUGCUCCGACUGUGGCAAGAGCUUCAAGACAGUGCAGGUCCUGAAGAUCCACCAGCGGGUUCACACGGGCGAGAAGCCCUAUGGCUGCUCCAUCUGCGGCAAGAGCUAUGCCGGUUGGUCAGGGCUACAGCAGCACCAGCGGGUGCACAGCAGUGAGCGGCCCUUCACCUGCUCUGACUGCGGCAAAGGCUUCAUGUUGUCGCCGGACCUGUUGAAGCACAGGCGCCUGCACACCGGGGAGCGGCCCUACACCUGCAGCGACUGCGGCAAGGGCUUCACCUGCACCAAAAUCCUGAUGAAGCACCAGCGCACACACACCGACGAGCGCCCGUACACCUGCACCCUGUGCGGCAAGGGCUACAUCUGCUCCACCUAUUUGCUGCAGCAUCAGCAGAUGCACGCCGGUGACCGUCCCAUCCAUAGACCUUUCGGCUGCUCCGACUGCGGCAAGGACUUCAAGAGGGCAGGUGAGCUGAAGAUCCACCAGCGGGUGCACACGGGCGAGAAGCCCUAUGGCUGCUCUGACUGCGGCAAGAGCUUCAAGUCGAAGUAUGAGUUGAAGAGCCACCGGCGGGUGCACAGCAGUGAGCGGCCCUUCACCUGCUCCGACUGCAGCAAAGGGUACAAGUCAUCCUCGGAACUGAACGUACACAGGCGCCUGCACACAGGGGAGCGGCCCUACAGCUGCAGCGACUGCGACAAAGGCUUCAAGUCGUCCAUGGAACUGAAACGGCACAGGCGCCUGCACACCGGGGAGCGGCCCUACAUCUGCAGCGACUGCGGCAAAGGCUUCAAGUUGUCCAUGGAACUGAAAUGGCACAGGCACCUGCACACCGGGGAGCGGCCCUACAUCUGCAGCGACUGCGGCAAAGGCUUCAAGUCGUCCGUGGAACUGAAACGGCACAGGCUCCUGCACACCGGGGAGCGGCCAUUCACCUGCAGUGACUGCGGCAAAGGCUUCAAGUCGUCCUCGAACCUGAAGGUGCACAGGCGCGUGCACACCGGGGAGCGGCCCUUCACCUGCUCCGACUGCGGCAAAGGCUUCAAGACAUCCACGACCCUGAAGGUCCAUAUGCGCCUGCAUACCGGGGAACGGCCCUACACCUGCAGCGACUGCGGCAAAGGCUUCAAAUCGUCAUCAGAACUGAAUGGUAUAGGAGCUGUUGCAGUGGACGGAGAGACGGGAACUUGA